GGAUGAUAUAGGAGUAAUUAUCAAAGCCACCCGGAUAUUGAGCCAAUAGAGCCGCGAGAGCUUCUAUUAUAUGCGUCGAGUGGCUUCCACCUUUCCGGAGUUUAUUCGAGUCAGAAGAGCUAGCGGAUAAUAUUGACCACGCCAUCAUCGAGAGACUCAGAACUUGAAAUCCACGCAUACCGCAAUAAUGACUGAUAUCGAAAUUAUUCAUGCGUACCGGCACUUAUGGCGUGGCCUCCUCCAUGCCGUCCGGUUCUCAUCGCCCGCUCGAUAUAUAGCCCGAGACCGGUUGAGGAAGGCGUUCCGUGAAGAAACCAAAAUUGAUAUGCGAAGCAUAAAUAGGACAGUGCGCUUCUUAGAGGCGGCUGCUAGAAUGCGCGGGCUAGAGCACUUCAUUCUAAAAAACAUAUUGUUAACCGGUUACUAUCGAUACCAUGUUUCCAAGGUACCUUGGAAAAUAUAUGAACAGUCGCUAGGUCGCUCGAAGUAAGUUGUGUCGUCAAAGCUCACC